AGCUCGAAGACAAACACUGAGAUAAGAGAGAUGAUCCGCAAUUACUACUCCCACUCGAAAUUCCUAUCACUGGUAUUUCGUUUAUCACGCUAACACUCAAAAGACGCAUAUUCAGAAGUCUUCACAAGAAUCACCAGCCAUGGCUCCCCACGACGCCAACACGAUCGCAGAGAUCGAAACCGCCCCCACAAUAUCAGGUCCCUACUCCCUCUACAGCUCCAGCUUCACCAUCGAAUUCCUCUCACCCCCGCCUUCCCUCCACGCCACAGUCCUCAUGCGCUGCACCUACCACCUGCCCUCUGCAUCGCUCGGAAAAGCGCACCCCCAAGCUCCCCCGCUGCAUCUGCACUUCUCGCAGUCCGAGACCUUCCUCGUGACCCAAGGCACCGUCGGCACCACCACCGGCUACGAACUCACGGACACUGUGUGGGCCGCGGGCAUGCAGCCCCAGGAGAUUGUGCCCUGGGUGCCGCACCGCUUCUGGCCCGACCCGGACGCGAGUGAGGACAGCACGGUGUAUGUAUGGGCGCACCCCGAUGCGGAUGAGUGGAUGGACCGGCUGUUUUUCGAGAAUCUGCUGAAGUACGUGAGUGACGCGAGUGAGGGCAAGGUGAAGAUUGAUAUGGUGCAGAUGUUGGUUACGCAGCAUGCAAGUGCGACAGCGCUGGUGGUGUUCCCGACGGCGUGGUGGUUGGGGGCGUUGAGGUGGGGGCUGCCGUGGGUGGUGCAGGCGGCUGUUGCGAGGGUGGGGAGGCUGUGCGGGUAUAGGGCGUUGAUGAAGAAGUAUACUGAGGAGGGGGAGUGGAAGGAGUAUAUAAGCGCUAAGCGAGCUUGAAAAAGAUAGUAAGAGAGUAGAUUUUUUGGGCAUCCUCUACUGGGGCAGGCUAUGCAAAGAUCCAACUUGAUAAUGGGGUACGAGAUUGCAGUGUGUUCUGGUCGUGAACAGAUCACAUCUUGGACGCAUCGUACAAAUGAACGAUACAUGUAGCAUCACAAUUUGCCCAGGUGUCUUGUGUAUAACAUGCGAGCAUGUGGUGUAGAUGCCAGUCAGGAAAUCGCAUAGAGGGGACUUGAGGCAC